GAGGAGGAAGAGGAGGAGGACGAGGAGGAGGAGGAGGAGGAGGGAGAGGAGGAGGAGGAGGAAGAAGAGGAGGAGGAGGAGGAAGAAGAGGAAGAGGAUGAAGAGGAGGGAUGACUCUCUGACGGAGCUGCGCGCGCAGCCUCAGUGUGGAGUGCUCUCUCUCUCUGAUGGUCUCACUGAGGAGAUAAAUAGAAGCGUUUUAUUCUAUUAAUUUACCGUUUUAACGGCUCUGACUGGGUUCUACCGGAGAGGAGCCGCUGUACCGGAGAGCUGCUGACGGUGCUCUGCUCGGUGGUCGGUAGUCGGUAGGGCUGCUGAGAGGAAUAAUGGAUGAGACUUGUCACUAGCACUGGAUGAAGAUUUGACUCCUCAGACUGAACUAUGGAGAGCAGCGACAACGUGACCGGGACUCCGUCCCAGACUGAUGUGGGCAGCGCCGACGUGGGAGGAGGAGGAGGAGGAACCCAGAGGAAAGUGGAGGACGGAGUGAAUCCUGCUGAUUCCUGCGGCAGCGGCGCGACAGGACUAGGACCUAAAGCACCACCGGUUGUGAGUCCCGCUGUUGAAUCUCCAGGAGGCGUGGCGCUGAAAGUGGCCACGACGAUGCUGCACCCUGUGUGCCUGGGAGACAGCCCGCUGAUGCUGCCCAUCCACCUCCAGAUGGCCGGAGCGGCCGGGUCUCAGCUCAGCCAAAUGGGGGCGGCGCCGUACUUGAUAACGAGCCAGAGCCCGGUCUCGCUCCCCCUGGUCUUGGACCAGCAGAUGCUCCAGCACAUGAGCCCCUCUGUGAUCCCUCAGACCGCUCAGCUCCAGAACAACGUGCUGUGUACGAAUCCUCUGACGUUUGGUUUACCGCAAGCCGUCGACCAGAAGUCAGCCGGACAGACGCAGGACGCCAACCUGCUCUCUCUCCUGCAGAAUCCGGCGUUUGCGGCCAUCUUGCAGGAUCUCUUCCCGUCCCAGGCGGGUUCGUCGACCUGUCAGUCGCCAGGCUCUCCCUUCUUCCCACUUCCUCCCCUCACACCUCCCUACGCCUCCCCUCUGGCGCCGCUAGUCCCUCCGGCCACGCUUCUAGUCCCCUACCCGGUCAUCAUCCCGCUGCCAGUGCCUCUGCCCGUCCCCCUUCCCGUCCCCAUUCCCGUCCCUCAGUCCGAGGACUCGAAGGGGAACAUGCCAAAACCAGUUUGCACUGUGAGUACAAGCACUCAGACUUCCUCUAAAGAUACUACCUCUCCUUCGUUGUCUUCACGCAGAUGCAUGCCGCCGCAAAAUGCGUCCCCUUCGUCCUCGCUUCCUGUCGAUGACGGACAGGCUCUGGACCUUUCUGUCAGAGCGUGUCCUGUUGAACUAAAACAGGAAUACCCGAGUCCUCAGCAGGACAGCGUGCUCGACCUGUCGGUGCCUGCCGUGAGGAAAAAGUGUCCGUCGGACAGAGACGUAGCUUUAGAUACCGGCGCUGCGUCUUUGUCUCUGGGCGUCGGAUGCACUCAGAGUUUAGACUCCAAACUGCUGGGCAGUCUGGCGUCGCUGGAGUUCAGCCGGCAGCACAAGUGGGUGGUGGACAGCAGCGCCGGCGGGUCCAGCUCUCUGAGCCAGCAGGCGACUCUGAGCGGAGCCGGAAACCUGGAGAUCGUCAGCACCUCGCAGACGGCCAAGGUCAUCGUCUCGGUGAAGGACGCCAUCCCCGCCAUCCUCUGCGGGAAGAUUAAAGGCCUCUCGGGAGUCUCCACCAAGAACUUUUCCAUCAAGCGGGACGGCAGCCAGGCGGCAUCUCUGCAGCAGCUCUACGGAGUGCCGUCGGCGUCCCGCGGCGAGCAGCACGACCCCAACAACCCACAUAAAAAGGUCCCGAAGAGCAGAGCGAUCAAGCUGAAGAAGGUCAGCUCGCAGGAGAUCCACUUCCUUCCCAUGAAGAAGCAGAGACUCGCAGCGCUGCUCCCCAGGAAGUGAACAUGCUCAGCGGAGGGCGCCGGGCGGGGGGGGGGGAUUAAUUGCUCUUUGUGAUCCCUCCGGAGCGCGUAACAUAAAACACAUGUUCUGUAAUCAAACUCAUACACUUACAUGUCCAAUCAGAGUUUGGCUCCAAAUGUUGCAGAACCUGAGGCUCAUGAAUGUCCGACAGUGAGACACAAACGCUCUCCAGGGGAGUUCUCUGACUUUCUGUGAUGCACUACUCUACGGCGUUACACUAAAGCAGACGUGUUUGUGUGUACGGCAGCUUAAAGGGACAGUUUGGAUGUUUCUCAGUGAGGUUGUAUGAGGUGUUUAUCCAGAGUCAGUGUAUUUAUUACCUACAGUAGAUGACGGUCGGCACGCCUCCAGUUUGGAGACAAAACAUAUUUUAGACCACCGGUUCACAACCUGGAGGUCCCAACUUUUUUAUUUUUAAUAUACAGUUGUCCUAUAUCUCAGCAUAUCAUCAACUAAACUGUAGAAAAGUGCAAAUUUAAAACAACCAAAGAGCUGAUAGGACAAUGGCCAAGCGUCAGGGAGAAGAAAACAACACGUUCUCACUCCCAACUCGUCAAAUACCGCCGCUUAGUCAGCGCCCCUCGGCGAUAUGGGACCUUUAAUUACGCCACGGGUG